AAGCGCCCCCUAGUGGCUGUCAGUGGUCACUGCUCGAUGUGGAUCAGCCGUAUGGUUCCCUGAUUUACGGCACUAAUCAAGCCUUGGUGUUUGUACCUGUACCCGGGCCAGAGUCGGCUGUUUGGGGUUAAACGAAGAACUGAUCCAGCACAGGAUGGCUCACCUCACUGAAGACCCCGCAGAGAAAGAGAGGUUCAUCUGUUUGUAUCCGAUCUACAUCAACAGUAAGAAGACUCUGGCUGAAGGACGGAGGAUCCCUGCAGAGAAGGCUGUGGAGAACCCGUCCUGCGCAGAGAUCAGAGAUGUCCUGACAGCCGCUGGGCUCAAUGUCUACGUAGAGAACAAGAUGCACCCCAGAGAGUGGAACAGGGACGUCCAGUUCAGAGGUCGAGUCAGAAUCCAGAUGAAGCAGACAGACGGCAGCCUGUGUCAGGAGAAGUUUACAUCCCGUAGAGACGUGAUGUUCUAUGUCGCGGAGAUGAUCCCCAAACUAAAGACGCGCACCCAGAAGAGCGGAGGAGGAGACACGAGCUCUCAGCAGGGAGAGGGAGGGAAGAAGAGCAAGAAGAAGAAGAAGUAGAAACACAGAAGCGUCCUCUCAUUUUUUAUUUACAUCAUUUUUAUUUGAGGUCCUUGAAGAAUGGAACCCUGAGCUCACACAGGAGCAGGUUUUUGAAAGGGUUCGAUGCCGCUGUGACCUCGGAAGGGGAUUCAGCUGCAGGAGGGAAUCAUCGUUUCUGUUCCCCUUGAACUCUCUCAUGUUUUUUGAUCUCACUGAACUGAGAUCUGUGAGACCUGCUCAUCAAACUCCAGCAGACGCAGAGAAAGGAACUGAUUUCUGUUAUUACAUAUAAUUAUUUACGUCAUUGUGUCUCUCUCAAGACGAGUUGAAUAAAUGGUUCACUUUCUCAUCCUU